AUGGUGUGGGCCGGCGUUUCGUGGAGAGGGAAGACAGAUCUCGUCUUCGUGGAGCCUGGUUUGAAGAUCAACGCCGAGUACUACAUCAGGCAACUUGAAGGAGAGAUUUCGCCGUCAUGUCAUCAGCUGUACGGCCGUGAAAACAGGGACUGGGCACCUGCUCAUGCCGCUCGGAGAACUCUUGCUUUCCUCGAAUCGCAAGUAGUUGAGUUCCUGCAGAAGACAGAAUACCCUAGUGCGUCUCCAGAUCUGAAUCCUCUCGACUACCGAGUAUGGGCAGAACUCAAUCGGACUGUGGAACGACCAGCUCCAAGCCAGUCAAGAAUGAGCACCGAAGAGCUCAACGACGUUAUCAUGGAGGAUCAGGAGCAAAAGGCACCUCCAGAGAAACUUGUGGAGGAAGCAUUGCAGUACCCUGGAAUUCCGGAAGGACUAAUGGUGGGAAUUGCAGGGACGCUCACUCAAAGAGGAAUAGAGUCGGAGGAAGAGUGGGAGGAGUAUAUAAAAACGGUAGAGAAGGAUGGAGAGCUGAUAAGCGAAUUGUGCGAAAUCAGAACAGCAGAAAAUGCAGCAGGCCAAUCAAAGAGAACGGUUCCGGUGCGGUUCACUGAGGCACUGCGGAACACAUCAUUCCAGGAAGCACAUUAUCCGACUGGUCAGAAAUAUGUGCGCAGCUAUCAGAAGCUUGGAAGGAGCCCGGAAGCGACUCCAGCACGUGGACGCAGGAGGAAAUAUGAAAGCGUAAUUGCAAGUGAAGAAACAUUAGUCGAGAUAUUAGGCGACGAUCACUUAGCGGGAAGGGCUAAGAACAUAUUUUCCUCUCUGCCACGAGCAACAAAAGAAAGAGGGUUCGAGGUCGUGACCCAAGAAAUGGCCAGGCUGUUAGCAUGCGAUUCCACAGCGAGCCGAAUGAGGGCCCUGACCGAGCUGAAAAAUUUAAAGGUAAGGCCGGGAGAGGUUGUCCUCGAGAAAAUAGGCAAACAGGCGAAUCCAGAAAGCGCACCAGAAGACCAGUCGAUGGAGUACGCCCAAAUUCUUCUGGAUAAUCUAAGCAGCUGGCCGGAACAUUUCCAAUUACUAGGAGCGCUCCAUAGGGUAGAGCCCCAUAACGCGUACGAGGAAAUAAAGCAGUUAGCCAUCAGCAUAGAGCAAUCAAAAAGGAUGUACUCAGAAAAUAGAAGCAACGUUCGGGCAUGGAAAGCCAGAUAUGCUCAGUAUCAAGGUAACAGGGAGAGCAAAACAGAGGUGCCCGCGUUAGAGAGACCGAUAAGCUGGGAAGGCCCGGGAGAUCAGAAAACGGCAAUUCCGGUGUUCAACAGCAGCAUGGAACCCCUACUUCUGAAGGAAGGAGAAGAGAUCGGACAUUGGGGAACGGAUAAGUGGCACGAGCGCUGGGAAGAUUGUAACCCGCUCAUAUCCGAUGAAGGUGCUAAUGAGGUAUUAUCAGAAGAGGAGCGAGUGGAAAAGCUGGAGGAACUACUGUUAGCAAACACGGAAUCUCUAGCACUGGAUGGAGAACUGAGGGGCCUCCUGAAAAAGUAUUCAGAUACAUUUUCGAUUUCCGAUAAGGAACUAUCCAAACCGAGUUGGUAA